UACCAGCUUUUGCUGUCUCGAACGAAGUAAACAAACUAAAAGGAAAAGUAUCUGACAAAGCGUAUUUUUUUUAAGAUGACUACAGAUGAGCGCAAUUUUAGGUUUACCUAUUAUGAGAAAGUAGGCUGUAUUAGUGUUGAAGAGAAAAAGUCUCUCAAUAAACUACUACAGGAUGAUAUUCGCAAUCUCUCCAAGUUAAAGCACUUCGCAUAUACUUAUACGGUUCCAGCACAGCAGCGUAGUCUGCUCUGGAGUCUGAUAAUGGGGAUACUGCCACUUCAUAAAAGCAUCACUGAAUAUGUUCGGGAGCAACGCCACCAAGUGUAUGAGGAUCUGCUACGGGCCGUGACUGUAAUGCGUUUCGUAGAGGGGGAUAAAUCCAGACAUUUGGUUCUGCACAAAAUGUGGCUAUUGGAGAACAAUCGGUUGCUGCACAGCAAUGUACGAGCCGGAAGUCAGAUAGAUGACAAUCAUUUUAUUGAAAUUGCACGCACACUACUUGACAUAUUCGAUGAUGAAAUGGAAACAUAUUGGAUAGCCAAGGAGUUUUACCAGUACACACGUGACCUGAAGAAGGAAUGCGGCAAGCUUAAGGAACUUACACAAAUACUCCUAAAGCGCGAAGACAUCGCAUUAUUCUAUCGCUUGGAAAAGCUGGAACUGUUUGAUGCCAAUUCAAAGCUAUUGGAAAAUUGGUACACAACUUGCUUUGCCGGGGUAAUUUGUGAAACAGUGUUGGUCAAAAUAUGGGACAAGAUAUGUGGAGGCGCUAAGAAGAUAAUCGUAUUCGUCUUUGUAGAGAUGGUGAAAGACAUUAAGUCUUUGAUAUUUGAUCUGAGAUCUCAGGAGGAACUAAAAGCGUUGGUCGAAACGAUUAAAGAUCACGAUGGUGUCAUAGUAAACAAAGCCAUAAAAUCGUGGCACAGUAAUAACAGUGAAGUCGAAUACGUUCAUUGAGUAAUACUACAAAAUG